AUGUGGAGAAUUUUAUUUUUUGUGGCGUGUGUCUGCUUAUUUUGGACUUUGUCGAGCACCAAGGCAGAAAAACAACAUUUACAAAACAUAAUAAAAGAAUGCCAAUCGGAUCCCAAGAUGAGAGUAUCCAAGACAGUAAUAAGGAAAAUAAAAAUGGGCGAAUGGACCGAAGAAGAUAAUUUAAAACGUGCGCUUUUCUGCAUCGCAAAGAAAACGGGCAUUCAAAACGAGGACGGCACUUUAAAUCCGACGAAGAUUCAAUCGAAAUGGGCAACACACUACGAUUCGGACGAUUUGAAUAGAUUGAUGGGGUGCGUAAAGGAGUACGACACUCCUGAGAAGACCGCUUACGAAUUGUUUAAAUGCAGGCAAAGCGUCUUGGGUAUCGACAAGAAUUUCGUAAGAUGA